UCCUAUCCUUGCUCGUCGCUGCUGGUGUUCUGCUAUCCAUCACACACACUUCCGGCGCCGCAGAAUUCACAAACUUCGUCGCCUCUGCAUGUUACUUCUCCUCCUGAGGGCAUGAAACCAACACGUCGCUUCCCAUUUCCCCAAUAAAUCCACAAUUUCUUCAAAUCCCCUUCUCAAUUCUAAUUAUGGCAGCGUCCUCACUCUCUUCCUCCUUCACCUCCACAACUUUCAACCCCCACACUCACCCUCGCCACAAAACCCUAACCCUACCUGCUUCCUCGUUUCUCCGCCGGAGCCUCCCUCCGCCGUCAGUUUCCAAAUCACGCCGGAGCCGGAGGCGCCGGUCCGGCGCGGUCGCCUCGCUCGGUGGUUUGUUAGGCGGCAUCUUCAAAGGUAACGAUACUGGAGAAGCUACCAGGCAGCAGUAUGCUGCCACUGUUAACCUCAUCAAUCGGUUGGAGCCGGAGAUUUCUGCAUUGUCCGAUUCGGAACUGAGGGAUAAGACCUUUGCGCUGCGAGAACGCGCGCAGCGGGGCGAGGCUUUGGAUUCUCUAUUGCCUGAGGCGUUUGCUGUUGUCAGAGAAGCUUCCAAGAGGGUUCUCGGCCUUCGUCCCUUCGACGUCCAGCUUAUAGGGGGUAUGGUUCUUCACAAGGGAGAAAUAGCAGAAAUGAGGACUGGAGAAGGGAAGACUCUGGUUGCCAUUUUGCCGGCUUAUUUGAACGCAUUAAGUGGGAAGGGAGUUCAUGUUGUUACUGUCAAUGAUUAUCUGGCUCGCCGUGAUUGUGAAUGGGUUGGUCAGGUUCCUCGCUUUCUUGGAUUGAAGGUUGGCCUCAUCCAGCAGAAUAUGACAAGUGAGCAAAGAAGGGAAAAUUACUUAUGUGACAUAACAUAUGUCACUAAUAGUGAGCUUGGUUUUGAUUACUUGAGAGACAAUCUUGCCACGAGUGUCGAGGAGCUUGUCAUAAGGGGUUUCAAUUAUUGUGUCAUUGAUGAGGUAGAUUCAAUCCUUAUCGAUGAAGCUAGAACUCCACUCAUUAUAUCAGGACCAGCAGAGAAACCCAGUGAUCAAUAUUAUAAGGCUGCAAAGAUAGCAGAAGCGUUCGAACGAGAAAUACAUUACACAGUGGACGAAAAGCAAAAAACAGUUUUACUUUCAGAACAAGGUUAUGAAGAUGCUGAAGAUAUUUUAGCUGUCAAAGAUUUAUAUGAUCCACGAGAACAGUGGGCUUCAUAUAUCCUAAAUGCAAUUAAAGCGAAAGAACUAUUUCUUCGAGACGUGAACUACAUAAUUCGUGGAAAAGAGGUUCUAAUUGUCGAUGAGUUUACUGGUCGAGUUAUGCAGGGGAGAAGGUGGAGUGAUGGACUUCACCAAGCCGUUGAAGCAAAGGAAGGGUUGCCCAUUCAAAAUGAAACCGUGACACUGGCUUCUAUUAGUUACCAGAAUUUUUUUCUGCAGUUCCCAAAACUUUGUGGCAUGACUGGCACUGCAGCAACGGAAAGCACAGAAUUUGAGAGCAUUUACAAGCUUAAAGUUACAAUUGUGCCUACAAACAAACCUAUGAUAAGAAAGGAUGACUCUGACGUAGUUUUCAGGGCAACUACUGGGAAAUGGCGCGCAGUUGUAGUGGAAAUCUCAAGAAUGCAUAAAACUGGUCGCCCAGUGCUUGUUGGCACAACCAGUGUUGAGCAGAGUGAUUCUUUGUCGGAACAAUUAAAAGAAGUUGGGAUUCCACAUGAGGUUCUCAAUGCAAAACCCGAAAAUGUUGAGAGGGAGGCAGAGAUUGUCACACAGAGUGGUCGUCUUGGGGCUGUGACAAUUGCUACCAAUAUGGCUGGUCGUGGGACAGAUAUAAUCCUCGGUGGUAAUGCUGAAUUUAUGGCACGGUUGAAGCUUCGUGAGAUACUGAUGCCAAGAGUUGUUAAACCAGCUGAAGGAGAAUUUGUAUCAGUAAAGAAACCUCCUCCCAGUAAGUUUUGGAAGGUGAAUGAGAAGCUGUUUCCAUGCCAACUAUCAAAGAUAAAUGCUGAAUUGGCUGAGAAGGCUGUGGAAUUAGCUGUUAAAACUUGGGGCAAGAGAUCAUUAACUGAGCUUGAAGCAGAGGAGCGCCUAUCUUAUUCUUGUGAAAAGGGCCCUGCCCAAGAUGAAGUCAUUGCUGAGCUGAGAAAUGCAUUUCUGGAAAUCAGCAAGGAAUAUAAAGUCUUCACUGAAGAAGAGAGGAAGAAGGUCGUGGCAGCUGGUGGACUACAUGUAGUGGGUACAGAGCGUCAUGAAUCUAGGCGAAUUGAUAAUCAGCUGCGUGGUCGAAGUGGCAGGCAAGGGGACCCUGGAAGCUCACGCUUUUUCUUAAGUCUUGAAGAUAAUAUUUUUCGGAUAUUUGGUGGGGACCAAAUUCAGGGCUUAAUGCGAGCUUUCAGAGUGGAAGACCUACCUAUUGAGUCCAAGAUGUUGACCAAAGCAUUAGAUGAAGCCCAAAGGAAAGUAGAGAACUAUUUCUUUGACAUUCGGAAGCAACUAUUUGAGUUUGAUGAAGUACUUAACAGCCAAAGAGAUCGUGUUUAUACAGAGAGAAGACGAGCCCUUGAAUCUGACAAUCUUCAGUCUCUUCUUAUUGAAUAUGCUGAAUUGACGAUGGAUGACAUUUUAGAGGCAAACAUUGGCUCUGAUUCUACAAAAGACAGCUGGGAUCUCGAGAAACUGAUCGCCAAAAUUCAGCAAUAUUGCUACUUGUUGAAUGAUCUGACUCCUGAUUUGCUGAGGAGCAAGUGCUCAGAUUAUGGGGAAUUGCAGAACUAUCUCCAGCUUCGUGGUAAAGAAGCCUAUCAGCAAAAAAGGGAUAUUGUGGAGCAACAAGCACCAGGAUUGAUGAAAGAAGCAGAGCGAUUCCUGAUCUUGAGCAAUAUUGAUCGCCUGUGGAAAGAGCAUCUACAAGCACUAAAAUUUGUUCAACAAGCUGUGGGUUUACGAGGAUAUGCACAGCGGGAUCCACUCAUUGAAUACAAGCUUGAGGGCUACAACCUUUUCUUGGAAAUGAUGGCACAAAUAAGAAGAAAUGUUAUUUAUUCUAUAUAUCAGUUUAAACCUGUGAUGGUAAAGCAGGAUCAGGAUAAAACGGAGAAUCCGAAAUCAGGAAAACGUAACGCACGCAAUCAAGCCAAUACCAACUCAGAACCAAUUGGCACUGUUGAGCCUUCAAGUAUAUAACCGGAAUCCCAACUUUUUGAACGAGAAAGAACAACUCGAAAGGCUUAACGGGAUCAGAUCCUCCCUGCAUGUAUAAUUUAAUGUAAAAUAUAAGUUUGAUGCUCAAACUGUAAAAGAAAUGUAGCAGGUAGCCAGUUGUAAAAGAAGUACACCAUUUUUAUCCCCACAUCCCAAAGAAGAAAAAAGAAGAUGCAUUUUUUUUUUU